UGGGGGGGGGCGCGGCUCAUGCGCGGUGCACCGAGGCUUGUUUCACAUCUGUAACAACAGGAGGAGGCCCAGCCUCGGGAUGAGGAAUAGCAAGGAGAGGACCCAGCUCCACUUGGAAAGGCUGCACAAUCCGGGACUGUCAACGCUCUUAUAAGGAUUCCAGCUUUUCUUCCUGGCCAGAAAUGUUCAGCCUGGACUCAUUCAGAAAAGAAACCACUGGGCAAAGAGAAUGAAGCGCUCCUGCACCUUUCCCCCCAGACUCGAGUCUCUGACGUUCUCACCAUUUAAGUGGUUUAAAAGACCUAAAGGCUUCCUUACCUGUCCAUUUCUGCCUUCUCAUGGAAAAGACCCAAUCGGGCCCAGCACAGGCAACGUCAGUGCAAACUCCCCCCACCCCGCCUUCCACCCAUGUGUGUCAACCCUGCCCCCGGAGGGACCAUCUCUCGAGCUUCUAGGGACCUAUUAAAAGAAUUCCCGCAACCCAAAAACCUUCUCAACAGCGUGAUAGGAAGAGCUCUCGGCAUCUCACAUGCAAAAGACAAACUGGUCUACGUGCACACGAAUGGCCCGAAGAAAAAGAAAGUCACCCUGCACAUCAAGUGGCCCAAGAGCGUGGAGGUGGAAGGCUAUGGCAGCAAGAAGAUCGAUGCCGAGCGGCAGGCGGCCGCCGCAGCCUGCCAGCUCUUCAAGGGCUGGGGUCUGCUGGGCCCCCGGAAUGAGUUGUUUGAUGCCGCCAAAUACCGUGUGCUAGCCGAUCGCUUUGGCUCCCCAGCUGAUAGUUGGUGGCGCCCAGAGCCUGCCAUGCCACCCACUUCUUGGAGGCAGCUGAACCCUGAGGGCAUCCGGCCUGGGGUGCCCACAGGCCUAUCCCGAUCCUUGGGCCGGGAAGAGGAGGAGGAUGAGGAGGAAGAGCUAGAAGAGGGAACCAUUGAUGUUACUGACUUCCUGUCUAUGACCCAGCAGGACUCCCACACCCCACUCAGGGACUCGAGGGGGGGCUCCUUUGAGAUGACAGACGAUGACAGUGCCAUUAGGGCUCUGACCCAGUUUCCCCUUCCCAAGAACCUCCUGGCCAAGGUGAUUCAGAUUGCAACCUCCUCCUCCACGGCUAAGAACCUCAUGCAAUUCCAUACUGUGGGCACGAAGACCAAGCUGGCCACCCUCACCCUGCUCUGGCCCUGUCCCAUGACCUUUGUCGCCAAAGGGCGCCGCAAAGCAGAGGCGGAGAAUAAGGCGGCAGCCUUGGCCUGCAAGAAACUCAAGAGCCUGGGCCUGGUGGACAGAAACAACGAGCCGCUGACCCAUGCCAUGUACAACCUGGCAUCCUUGCGAGAACUGGGGGAGACCCAGCGCCGGCCAUGCACCAUCCAGGUGCCCGAGCCCAUCCUCCGCAAGAUCGAGACCUUCCUCAACCAUUACCCUGUGGACAGUGCCUGGAUCUCCCCAGAACCCCGACUGCAGAGCGAUGACAUAUUGCCGCUGGGCAAGGACUCGGGGCCCCUGAGCGACCCCAUCACAGGCAAGCCCUACAUGCCUCUCUUAGAAGCAGAGGAGCUGCGUCUGAGCCACAACCUGCUUGAGCUGUGGCGGCGGCGAGGACCGGUCUGGCAGGAGGUCCCCCAGCUCCCCGUGGACCCGCAUCGGGACACCAUCCUCAAUGCCAUUGAGCAGCACCCCGUGGUGGUCAUCUCGGGGGACACGGGCUGUGGGAAGACCACGCGCAUCCCCCAGCUGCUGCUGGAGCGCUAUGUGACCGAGGGCCGCGGCGCACGGUGCAACGUCAUUAUCACUCAGCCACGUCGCAUCUCUGCUGUGUCCGUGGCACAGCGCGUCAGCCACGAACUGGGCCCCUCCCUACGCCGGAACGUGGGCUUCCAGGUGCGGUUGGAGAGCAAGCCGCCGGCCCGUGGAGGGGCCCUGCUCUUCUGCACCGUGGGCAUCCUGCUGCGGAAGCUGCAGAGCAACCCCAGUCUGGAGGGUGUGAGCCACGUGAUCGUGGACGAGGUGCACGAGCGGGACGUCAACACGGACUUCCUGCUCAUUCUGCUCAAGGGCCUGCAGCGACUCAACCCGGCCCUGCGGCUGGUGCUCAUGAGCGCCACAGGCGACAACGAGCGCUUCUCCCGUUACUUCGGGGGCUGUCCGGUCAUCAAGGUGCCCGGCUUCAUGUACCCCGUCAAGGAGCACUACUUGGAGGACAUCCUGGCCAAGCUGGGCAAGCAUCAGUACCCGCCCCGCCACCGGCACCAUGAGUCUGAGGAUGAAUGUGCCCUGGAUUUGGAUCUCGUGACGGAUCUGGUUCUGCACAUUGACGCCCGAGGGGAGCCAGGUGGGAUCCUGUGCUUCCUGCCCGGCUGGCAGGAGAUCAAAGGAGUGCAGCAACGCCUCCAGGAGGCCCUGGGCAUGCACGAGGGCAAAUACCUCAUCCUGCCAGUGCACUCCAACAUCCCCAUGAUGGACCAGAAGGCCAUCUUCCAGCAGCCGCCGCUUGGGGUGCGCAAGAUCGUCCUGGCCACCAACAUUGCGGAGACCUCCAUCACCAUCAACGACAUCGUGCACGUCGUGGACAGUGGUCUGCACAAGGAGGAGCGCUACGAUCUCAAGACCAAGGUGUCCUGCCUGGAGACCGUGUGGGUGUCCCGAGCAAACGUGAUUCAGCGCCGGGGCCGGGCGGGCCGCUGCCAGUCUGGCUUUGCCUACCACCUGUUCCCGCGUAGUCGGCUGGAGAAAAUGGCCACGUUCCAAGUGCCGGAGAUUCUGCGCACACCCCUGGAGAACCUGGUGCUGCAGGCCAAGAUUCACAUGCCGGAGAAGACGGCAGUGGAGUUCCUCUCCAAGGCUGUGGACAGCCCGGACAUCAAGGCAGUAGACGAGGCCGUCAUCCUGUUGCAGGAGAUCGGGGUACUGGACCAGAGAGAAUACCUGACCACCCUGGGGCAGCGCCUGGCCCACAUCUCCACUGACCCCCGGCUGGCCAAGGCCAUCGUGCUGGCCGCCAUCUUCCGCUGCCUACACCCUCUGUUGGUGGUCGUUUCCUGUCUGACCCGGGACCCCUUCAGCAGCAGCCUGCAGAACCGGGCAGAGGUGGACAAGGUGAAGGCACUGCUGAGUCACGACAGUGGCAGUGACCACCUGGCCUUCGUGCGGGCUGUGGCUGGCUGGGAGGAGGUGUUGCGCUGGCAGGACCGCAGCUCCCGGGAGAACUACCUGGAGGAGAACCUGCUCUAUGCACCCAGCCUGCGCUUCAUUCAUGGCCUGAUCAAGCAGUUCUCAGAGAACAUUUACGAGGCCUUCCUGGUGGGGAAGCCCUCGGACUGCACCCUGGCCUCGGCCCAGUGCAACGAGUACAGCGAGGAGGAGGAGCUGGUGAAGGGCGUGCUGAUGGCCGGGCUCUACCCCAACCUCAUCCAGGUGAGGCAGGGCAAGGUGACCCGGCAGGGGAAGUUUAAGCCCAACAGCGUCACAUACAGGACCAAAUCAGGCAACAUCCUGCUACACAAGUCGACCAUUAACAGGGAGGCCACCCGGUUACGGAGCCGGUGGCUGACGUAUUUCAUGGCUGUCAAGUCCAACGGCAGUGUCUUCGUCCGGGACUCCUCCCAGGUGCACCCACUAGCUGUGUUGCUACUGACAGAUGGGGACGUCCACAUCCGUGAUGAUGGGCGCCGGGCCACCAUCUCCCUGAGCGACAGUGACUUGCUGAGGCUGGAGGGCGACUCUCACACGGUGCGGCUGCUGCGGGAGCUGCGCCGGGCCCUGGGCCGCAUGGUGGAGCGGAGCCUGCGCAGUGAGCUGGCUGCCCUUCCACUCAACGUGCAGCAGGAACACGGGCAGCUACUCGCCCUGCUGGCAGAACUGCUGCGCGGACCCUGUGGCAGCUUUGACGUGCGCAAGACAGCUGAUGACUGAGCCCUGCUUCCCUGGGCUGUGUACAGAGUGCAUAUGUUUAUUUAAAAUAAAGUUCUAUUUAUCCCU